AGUGCAAGUAUACUGGUAGUUUUAAUUUAUAACCAACCGUUAGGAGGGCUAUCCUAGGCCAAUUCGAUAGAUUAGGAUAUAUUGUUUAAACUUCUUGUAAUUUUGAUUUAGAUCACACGCUGUGAAUAUUUUGUGGAGUUUGAAUUUAAGAACAGAAUAAAAAAUGAAUCCACAAUACCAGGAUAUAGCAGCUGCAUUUGUACAGUCAUAUUACCUACAUUUUGACGAUAAUGAAAAGCGCCAGACCAUGGCUAGUUUUUACGAUGAAGAAACAUCACUUAUGUCGUUUGAAGGCCAGAAUCUGCUGGGAAGAAAGAAAAUAAUGGAGAAACUUAGUAGCCUAACAUUUCAGAAGAUUGCCCACAGCAUCACAAAAGUUGAUUGCCAACCAAUGUUUGAUGGUGGUGUUUUAGUUUGUGUUCUAGGUCAACUUAAGACAGACGAAGAUCCUCCUCAUACAUUCUCCCAAACGUUUGUUCUUAAGCCAUACAAUGAAGGAUUUUACGUUCAACAUGACGUUUUUAGGAUAGCUGUACAUGAUGCACUAUGAAAGUGGCCAUUUCCUAAUUUACUCCUUCUAUUGUUACUGUUGAAAAUAGCUUUUCCAAUUUCAUUGCUAUAAACACAACCCACCCGAAAAGGAGUGAUUCUUUUAUGGCAAUAAAAAAAGAAUUUUGUUUCAUUUUGAUUUUAGCGUUAAACAUUCACGGUCGAUUAGAAACUUCCUUCAACCCUUUCCUUUUCUCGUACUUUUAUGUUAAGAAGUUACAACUUUUGAAUUUAUAAUUUUUUUAAUACUACCAAACAAGCUAGAUAAGUGUUACAAGAAAACAUGCUUCGUAACAUAUAAAUUAUACGGCAUUAGCAUGUUAGUGCGUUCAUGAUUUGUCUUCAUAACAUUGUGUUAAUUGCUUCACAGUAACUCUUACCUAUCUCUGAAUUGUGAAAAAGGGAUACAUUAUCACCUUGUACAUAAAUGUCUAACAAUAAAGUUUUCCAUACUCUUGAACUGA